AAACUUACAUUGCGUUUUCAGGUGGGCCGAUCUGGGCGGCGAACGGGAAGGCUUCUACAUCUCCAAGCAGGCCCGCAACGGUAAGUACACGGCGGUCCUGGCGGUGGAAAUCGAAGCCGCCCCGCCCAAGUCCAACCUCGGAUCGAAGAAGAAACUGCCGGAAGGCAAGAGCAAGAAGGACAUCAUGUUCCAAAUCUACCGACCCAACACGGGCCUGCAGUUCAAGCACGAGUCGCUGGACGAGCUAGAGAAAAGUACAAGAAGGUGCUGAGCGACGAGGCGGAGUCGCACUGGACGCAGCAGUACGACGCGUCGGUCAACACGUGUUCGCACAGCUACUGGAAGGGCAUGUGCCGGUACGUCACGAUGGGACAGGAGUGCGAGGUUGGCCUGCGGCGACGUACGUACUACGUGCUCUCCGGGUCGGUCCUGUCCGUGUGGGCCCGGGUCGAGAACAGUUUGGCGGCGCGCGUCGGCAACCAGAACCGGAUGCAGGUAAUCAGACUGAAAACCAAGGAAGGGAUCAAAAUCGUCGGUACGCUUAUUCCCAAAAACUGCGUGGAACACCUCGUCAAGGAUCUGAGCUCGGACGCGGAAAAGGUCGAGGAGCAGUCGUUUGCGGUCAAGUGAAUUCGUUCGUUCGUUCGUUCUAGCUUGUUACCCACCUUACAAGAGUCAUAAAAUAGUAGCAACUACCAUUAUUAGCAGCAAACAUACUUAUUCUUCACACUGUAGUCGUCGCCCCUUGGAUAGUGUGUUUUGUGUGCGUUUUUUUCCGCAAGUUUUUUCAAUGUGGUAUGAGUGUGUGAGUGCGAAAGUCGUGUUUAGAACAAACCAAAUUAGGAAUUUUCACCCGUUUUUAGAAAGACAAUUUUCGGAAGCAAGUUUCUCUUUCACCGCGGAACAACAUAUGAUAUGAAGACGCGUUAAGCAUUGUAAACUGAUUUGUUUUAUUUUGUUUUAAUGAGAUAAAAUCUAUUAUGUACAAAGCACACAUCAGUAGAAAUUACCCGCUAGGACUUUUAGGGCAUAAGUUAUUAUUGCUAUGAUACAGUAUAGUGAAUAAAAAAAAUCGUUGUGAUGAAGA